AUGGUAUCCGGCCGGGUGACCUAUGUGUUCAAGAAUAUCUGGUUAAUGGGACCUACCCAACAGCAGGGUGCUCAACCGCUCUUCUCGAAUCCUGGUCGUGUCGUCAAUCCAGUCAUGGUGGCGGUGACGGAAAACACGGAGUUCGUUCUCGUUGAAUUCUAUGCUCCAUGGUGCGGACAAUGCAAGGCUCUCGCUCCCGAAUACGCCAAGGUUGCUUCUCAGUUGAAGGAGGAGGGAUCCGCCAUCAGGCUCAGGAAAUUGGACCCCACCGUGCACAGAGAUGUCGCCUCAAAGUUUGAAAAGAAGACGGGACCAGUUGCCAAGACCCUUACAGCGGGGCUGAAGGACUUCUCCGACUCCGCGAACGUCGGAUACUUCAAGGCUGCCGAUAAUGAAAAUGCCAAGGUUUUCCUCGAGGUCGCUUCCGGGAUCGAUGUUGUGCCAUUCGGAAUCUCGACUGAUGACUCUGUCAAGAAGGAGCUCGAGCUUGAGGGAGAAGGAGUCGUCCUCCUCAAGAAAUUCGACGAUGGAAAAGCGGUCUUUGAUGAAGAGUUGAAGGCCGACACAGAAUUAUCCGAGUGCGAGAAGACUGAGGCAGAGUUCAAGGCUGCCGUCAAGCAACUCACGGGCAAGGUUCUCUUUGUGUACAUGAACACCGAUGUUGAGGACAACGCUCGCAUCAUGGAGUCAGGAUCCCUUUCAACUCAAACGGGCAACGUGUGUUUGAUUUACGUAGUGGAAGAAACGGUGCUGUUGCUGGCCAGCUUGCGGACGUCGCCGAGCCAAGAUUCCGUCACGAUCGCGGCUCCAUCAUUCACGUCU